AUGCCAGCUUCAAGUAAUAAAGAUAAAAAAGUAGCAAGAUUAAAGGUUCAGAGUGAUUCUGAAUCUGAAUCAUCUUCAGAGGAAGAAUCGUCUUCGUCAGAGGAGGAAUCGUCUUCGUCAGAGGAGGAAUCGUCUUCGUCAGAAGAGGAAUCGUCUUCGUCAGAGGAAGAAUCGUCAGAGGAAGAAUCGUCUUCGUCAGAGGAAGAAAAAAAUGUCAAAAAAUUAACGAGGUUAAAUGUUCAGAGUGAUUCUGAGUCUGAAUCAUCAUCGUCAGAGGAAGAAGAAAUUGUUAAAGAUAAAAAAAUAACGAGCUUAAAUGAUCAGAGUGAUUCUGAGUCUGAAUCAUCGUCAGAGGAAGAAGAAAUUGUCAAAGAUAAAAAAAUAACGAGCUUAAAUGAUCAGAGUGAUUCUGAAUCUGAAUCAUCUUCGUCAGAGGAAGAAGAAACUGUCAAAGAUAAAAAAAUAACGAGCUUAAAUGGUCAGAGUGAUUCUGAAUCUGAAUCAUCUUCAUCAGAGGAAGAAUCAUCUUCGUCAGAGGAAGAAGAAAAUGGCAAAAAAUUAACGAGUUUAAAUGAUCAGA